AUGACCUCCCAGAUGUCAACAACACCUGUUCUUAACACCACCUUUAUCCGACCUUACGGCUUUUACAUCCGUGGUUUCUAUGACUUGGAAAACUCGAAUUACUAUUUAAUAUUCUUGGGGGUGAUUUAUGUCGCUACUUUAUUAGCCAACGCCUUAAUUAUGUCCAUCAUCUGGUUUGCUCAGCCGCUGCACACCCCCAAGUAUUUCGGGGUCUUUAGCUUGGCCUUGGUAGAUGUGAGUUACAGCACAUCACUCAUCCCGAAGUCUUUAGACAUGUUUAUUUACGGGAACAGACUCGUCGAAUAUAAUACUUGUUUAACGCAGAUGUUCUUCGUACAAUAUUUUUCUGCAAUGGAAUCAUACGCGCUAAUAGUGUUGGCAUAUGACAGAUUUAUCGCUAUUUGCUUUCCUCUGAGAUGCCAAACUAUCAAUUCAAAUACUAAAAUGAUUAUAGUGAUUAUCAUCUCUUGGUUUAUUCCUUUUAUUGUUGUUUUAACAAUGGUGUGUUUCGUAACGCGUUUGUCUUACUGUAAAUCUGUAAUUGUUAACAGUUUCUUCUGUGAUCAUGGACCGGUAUUUAAAAUUUCUUGCAGCGAUUAUUCUAUCAACUGGUUCCUGGCUUCAUUUUUUGUCGUGUCCUUAUUGUUUUUCCCUCUUGCGUUAAUAUUGUUGUCUUAUGUAUGUAUUGUAGUUGCACUGCUAAAGAUAGCUGAAAUCGAUAGUCGACGAAAAGCAUUCAAAACCUGUACUAGUCAUUUGAUUCUGGUGGCUAUAUUUUAUGUGCCACUAUUAGUCACCAACAUUAUAGCCUGGGUGAACGUAAACAUUGAUACAAAUACCAGAAUUCUCAACACAUCUUUGUCUGUUAGUAUUCCUCCUCUUCUUAACCCAAUUAUUUACACUUUAAAGACAGAGGAAAUAAUGGUACAAAUUAAAAAAUAUAUUAGAAACAGGAAAAUGGUUUCAUUUGUUUGAUUUGUAAAGAGAUACA